AAAAUAAAUAAAAUAAAACAAAAUAAUGGAUAUGAACUUGAACCAAAAAGAAAUUCUGAAUUAAAAAAUUCAAUUACAGAAAUUGAGAACUCAAGGGAUAUGUUUAAAAGUACAUUAUCACUGAAGAAAGAAUUCGUGAUCUGGAAAAUAGGUGGUAAAAUAUGCAAAUGAGAAACAAAAAUGAAAAAGAGCAGAUAAGAGAUACAGAGGAUAUGGUGUGUAAGUGUAACAGGUUACUGAAGCCCCACAGCAAAGAAGGGCAGACAAGGUAUCUGUUCCCUUGUUCCCCUAUUCCUGCCUUCUUUUUAUUAAGAUAUUUUAAAAUUCAAUUUAUCUAUUAUUGCAAAGAUAGUACAGAGACAUCCCAUAUACCUUCACACUCACUUCUCUUUAUUAACAUCUUUCCUUGAUAUGACAUAUUUGUCAAAAUUAGUUGACCAAAAUUGAUACUUCAUUAUCUAAAGCCCAUGCAUUAUUCAGAUGUUAAUACAUUUUUUAAAAGAAGAUAAAUAAAUGAUAGAGAAAUGUUUAUUAUUGAUGAAGUCGCUAAUUUUCUUAGGUAUAUAUCACUCUCCCCUCCCCACCCCACAGUGUUAGCAAAUAUUGGUGUUCAUCUGUUCAUUAAAAAUGGGGAAAUUGAGUACUUAGAUUAAAAAGUGUGUUGCUAGAUCCUUUUAGGGAAUGAACAAAUUGAGUAUGUUCUGUAAAUAAACCUUAUGGGCUUUUUACAUAGAAGACAAUUUUACAGUCUUUUUUUUGGGGGAGGGCCACUCAUUAUUUUAUCUGCUUCAUUAGAAACUGCUAAUGUUUACUUUGUUCAUUUCACUCAUUGGGUUCUUUUUAACCAGUAUAGGCUAGCUUCACUGUCCAGUAUGGAACCACUAAUCCCAUGUGACAAUUUAAAUGUAAAUUAAUUAAAAUUCAAUGAAAUGAAAAUUUUACUUCCUCAGUUCCUAUCAGCCAUCUAUCAAGUGAGCAAGUAUAUGUAAACCUACUCCCAGAGGUUGAGAGAGCUGAGCUGACAAAUGCAGUUUCCCAGAAGGAAACAUUUGGUAGGGACAAAGGGACUGAAGAUGGUGGAUCCCCAUACCUGCCCUGCGGGAAUUAUUCUUUCUAUAGCAAGCUUUUUUUUUUUUUUUGGUAAAACAUGUGCAGCUGGUCAUGUCUGAGACCCUCUUGCAAAACUCUGACCAGUGGGAAAAUUAGAUCAGGAUCUUUACGAGAGGGUUUCUAUGCUACAGAUAUUGUUUCUUUAUGAGGGGUUAUCUAUGUUAUAGGCAUUGUUUCUUGACCUUGCUGGGGGAAUGCCUUGGUAUGCAAGAGUCAAACACUGGUUAUUAUUAUGUUUCACUUCAAGAUGGCAUUACUCUUGUCAUGCAACAGGCUGCUUUCCUACACAUAGCCAUGUAUGGCUAAUGGCUUCCAUAUUGGAUGGUAGAUACAGAACAUAACUUGAAGUCGUCUCUUCCAGUCAUUGGCCGUCGUAACAUUCUUCAAAAUCUGGCUCAAUUGCACCACCUUUGUGGUCUGAAUCAUCUGACAGAAACAUCUUCAACUUCUCCUUUCUCUCUUGCAGUAUUUCUGUCCUCACUCACCCUCCACUUUCCUCCUAUUCAGGAACAAAUCACUUCCUUCUUUUCUGAAACAAACAACUUCACCAGCCUAUCUGGUCUCAUUCCCUCCCCAUCAGCGGUAUCUCUUUUCUUCCAUCUUCAAUUUCUAGUGCCUACUAAACUUUACCUUUUCUUUUCUAGAAAUUAGCUCUCCACUACCCUUGAAAAAAAGAAUACUUUAAAUUCGGUUGCUUAGUUCAACCAAUAUCCUUUUUCCUUUCUUGCAGUAUCACAAUUCUCAAAAGAGAUUAUUGUCUAUUUUCAGUCUUACCAACUCUUCUGAACCACUGGAAAGGAGAGUCCACAGGUAACAUCUCUCUCUCUUGCCCUCCUCUGUCAUUCCCCCUAAUUCCACCAUCAGCUUAGUUCUCACCCUCUUUCGGCUCUCUGCAGCAUCUGCUAGUCACCUGUUCCCUCUCCUGAAACACUGCUGCUUUUAUGAUGUUUGAACCAUCUGGGCCCUCUGUAAGUAGCUCCUCUUCUCGAACUCCUUUUCCUUCCCCAUUCCAAAACGUUACUAUUUCACAAUCCCGUUUAUUUUCCAAAAGACCUCCCUUGGAGGCGAUGUCAUGCCUUGCCCUAUUUUCAAUCAUAUUUUCACAGAUUAUUACAUUUUGCUCAAUUCAUGUGUCACCUGUAUUCUUUCAUCUCUUUUGCCCAUUAAUCCACUCUACACGGUACAGACACCGCCCUGAACACCGUUCUAGCCAUGUUAUAUGUGAAUAGCCUGCACUGAUGAUUCAAUGCAUUGCUAACACGUGAGCCUGGUAUUUGACACUCUCCACAACCUAACUCACUCUAACCAGCCCCUUGGCCUAGUUUCUGGCCAGCCAAGAUGUUGGGCCAAUUCCGAGCUUGCCCUGAACCCCGCCCCGCUGUGCCUCGGCUCCUGCCGCUUCCUACGCGGGAAAGCCGUGGCGCUCCUCCUCCUGUAUCAGCAUCCAGCACGCGGCCAUGCGCAGCUCGAGGGCAGAGUCCACGACGAAAUUCCUACAAGCUUCUCCUGUCCCGCACCCCACCCGGACCCCUCCGCAGCACCUGGCGUCCUCGGCAUUCCUGGGCAGGACCCGUCCCCGCCCCAGCCCUCCCGCAGCUCCUAGGACUCUCGUCUUCGCAGUCAGCAUGUCUGCGCAGCGCGUCAACCGUUCGGAUUCUGCGAUGCCCCCGCCAGGUCUGAGCCGGACCCGCGCCCCUACCCGCGAGACCCGAUCCGCGCCCGCCACAGAGCUGCGGUCCUCCGGGCUCCUAGAGGGGCGUCCCCCGCCCCUACUUCCGGCGCGCGUGCGGCAGGGCAUUGCUCUCCCUCCCGGGGGUGGGUGCCUCCUUGCAGCCGGUAGAGCUAAGGGUGAGUGGGGCGGUUUAGCAGGGCGGUCCUGGCUGCUUCCCAAAACCGCCCCUAUCCCGCAUCAGGCCUCCGCGCCGCCUAUCUUCGACCCCUCGGCCACAGGCCGGGCCUCGGCUGUGCCUGGGGUCCUGCCCGCCGCUCCGUAGGUCAAUCCCGCCAUCCGUUUCCACUUGCCCGCUCAGCCACCCGCCUUUUCGGUCAGCUGACGCCUCAGGCGCUUACCCAGCGUGUCCUGUGUCGGGUUGCAGCCUCAGGAGUCUGACACGCGCCAGUGUGCUCCUUCCUGCCACUUCUCACGCAGCGCUUUUGAGACGGGCCUCGGCCUGCCUCUUGACUCCCCGAGUCUGGGUUAGAUCCUUUCUCAGCCACUCUCGGAACACCUUCUGCAUUCCCCUUUGUAAUUUUUGUCACAAUUAAAUUAGGUAAUGCUUUCUGUUUAA